AUACGUAGCGUCCUCUGCUGGUGCACUGGCGAACUACGCUUUUUAAAUCAAGUUUAUUUUGUUUACAGAGUUCACUUAAACAUGGCCACCCUAGCAACCACACGAUGCGCUGAUAAACAUUGCCCGGUAGCUAUCACAGAGUUAUUCACUGCAUGUGUUGUAAAAUUGACAUGCUAGUUAGCUAGCUAGUCGACAACAUUUUAAUUAUUUCAAAUGUUUAACAUUUUCAGGGAAAGCGGACAUAUGGCGUAACGUUACUGUUGAACGACUGACGAGCUAGCGGUCGCUGACCAAUACUAGCCGAUGUUGCAUACGUUAGCUAACGUUACUGACAUAACGUUACUGAAAUUCGAUGUACACUUGUCAUUAAUUAGUGUAGCUAAUAAUUUUGCAGUGUUUGUCUCAUAUGGUUUGUCUGGUGUUUUGUAAGAGAUAUGUUGCCCCUACUAGCUAGCUGUCCGAAAAUGGAUAUGUUGGUUUGGUUAACAUAGUGCUGUGGUUCCAGAUUGACGAGGCACCAGUAUUACAUUAUCGACAUAGAUGACGUUGACGUUAAGGAAGCUCCAUCCAAAAGGGAUUACAUGUAUAAAUGCACUUUGUUGUUAUAUAUUGCACUAUGAUCAGCUGUUGUGUUUUCCUUUCACUAAAUACAUUUGAGCAGGGGGAGAGAGACUCCAGCAGUGUCCAGCAACAGCUCUGCACAUCACCCCUUGUCAGCAGUGACAGCGUGGAUCAGAGGCUAGCUAGGCAGAAAGCUGCUCAGUUUCUCAGGGAAGCCGAGAAAAAUAGGAGGCAGAUUGAAAAGUUGGAGAAAGAGAGGACGCUGACUGCUCAGUGCAGAAAGAAUGGCUGGACAGAUGUGCCUGGAGAACUGGAAGAGUACGAGAAAGUACUGGAGGAAGAAAGAAAUGCUGAGAAGACAAAUCUUCAAAAGCAGCUAGUGAAGAUUCAUAAUGGUGUGAGGAAAUUUCAGAGACAGCUAAUAGAUGUGAAGCCAACUCCUGAGUUGAUUGAAAGACUGAAGGAAAUAAUGUCAGAGGUGGAAAUCUCAAUUAACACCCUAAAGAAGGAACAGCGUUCAUGCUUUGAGGAACUUUUGAAAGAGGAGAGGACAUGCAGACAGGAGAUUGCUGCGUAUGAGAAGAAGAUUGAAAACGUGAGCCUUGCUGUCAAAUCCGAGCCCAAACUACCCACAGCUCCCACUGUUAAGACCAAACCCCUGGACAGAGACCUCCCUGCAGAGGUCAGAGCACUGGAGGCUUUCCUGCUGAAGACCGGAGGCCCUUGUGGUGGCUGGGACCAAUAUGACCACCAAGCCUUCCUUAAAGUCUGGACAAAGCACAGUGGACAACCAGCCUACAGGAAAGAGGUCAAACUGUACCUUCCUAGUAAAACAUUGGAAGAGAUAGAGCAACAUGAGGACUGGCAUCAGGAGCUGAUCUACCUACAGGACAGAAAGAGAGAGGCUAUUCAGCGGUGGAAGGCCAGCAAACAUCAGGAACGCCAGACCAGAAUACAGAGUCAGGAGGAGGUGGAGGAGGCAGGAAUUAGGGAGAAGGAGGCCAAGAGCCAGGUCCACCAACACAGGACUGAGGAGGAGAGGAGGGAGGCGGCACAGCGACUGGAGGUGUGGAAGGAAGAGAAAAGAAGGAAGGAGGAACAGGAAGAGGAGCAGAGGCUGGCUGAGGAGAUACAAAAGAGGAGACGGGCAAAGGAAGAGCGUCGGCGGCAGCUGGAAGUGAAGCUGACCGUUGAGGAGCAGCUACGACUGAAGAGAGAGGAGGAGGAGGAACAGGGGAGGAGGAGGAGAGCGGAGGAACAGAGGGAGAUGGACGAGAGGAGAAGGGAGGCAGUAAAGGGCAUCAAACGCUUUACUGAAAGGGAUCUUCAAAAGGUGGAGGCAAAGCUUCAGGAGAAACAGCUCAGGGAAAAAGAGGAAGAGGAAAGACAGAGGAGAAUCACUGCUAAGUUGAAGGAGAAGGUGGAUAGUCACAUCAGCAGAGACCCCUCCAGGCUUACCCGUCCCACUAAGGGUUGGGAGGAGCGAAUGAAACACAUUGGACCUUCAGGAGGAGGGCCUGUGCUACAGAUGUUUCACAGAGCUGUUCCCACUUGGAGACAAGGCCUGUGAUGAGCAUCAAAGGAAGUUAACUGAAAUGCAUUCAGAAUGUUUUUAGUUUUUUAUAGAAAUUAUAUUAAAUGAAAAUGUAUGUAAUGGAACCUCAAUACCAGAUUGUGCCUUUCCUUGAAUCUACUGUUUGCUGCUGUUUGCUUUAACUUUUACAAAACCAUUAUUUUAAAUAAAAGCUUGUGUAAACUUCA